AGUACGACAUCGUGGGCCACUCGGGCGACGGCUACGACAUCGAGCUGGUCCGAGCGGACAAAGUCCCCAAGAACAACAAACAGAGACUCAAAGUCCUCAAGACCAUGCACGCCCACGCUCAGUUCUGCAUGAGUGGCGACUACACGCUGGAGGGCACAGACGCCAGCAUCAAGCAGCUGGCGCGAGAAGAAGCUGACGAGCGCUUUGUGGUGGUCCUCAGCGAUGCCAACCUGGAGCGCUACGGCAUCCCGCCCGAGCGCUUCGCCCGAGUCCUGACCGCCGACCCGCAGGUCAACGCCUUCGCCAUCUUCAUCGGAUCCCUCGGGGAUCAGGCUGAAAGGCUCCAAAAGACGCUUCCAGCCGGGAGAUCCUUCGUUGCCAUGGACACUAAGCAGAUCCCACAAAUCCUGCAGCAGAUCUUCACAUCCACGAUGUUGUCCAGUGCCUGACACUAACACACACUCACUCAUCUGACAACAUUUCAAACUCUCUGAAACUCGCUGGACUUUUUCCCCCGAUGUGUCCUUCACGACAGUCGUGUUUGUUAUUUCACAGAAGCCGUCAAGUCUGUAAACGAUGAUGUGUGAGCGUGACAGCUGAAGAAUGUUUAGCUGCUUUUGUCCCCUCGGGGCGAAGACGUGGUCGGGAGGAGCCGUGUGGUCGCCGUGGUCUCGCUCCCGACAGAUGACACGCAGCGCAGAGGUAACUGCAGUGACAUCAUGAGCGUCUGGAGCCGGUCUCAUGUGGGGAUCAAACACGCAGCCUCAGCUACUGUUGUGUUUCAUUGUGUUCUGUGACGCACACGCACGUCCGUCUUUGUCCUUGUUUGGGUCGUGAACUUGAAACGGCUUCUCUCAUUCUGGACUUCCUGCUCGUUUAUCGGCCAUCGCACAGAAAAACACACAGGAAGAGAAACAGUAACACCGGACUGACACUUGGACGCGGCUGGUGACAACAACUUGGCUCCUGAGGAAUGUCGGGACUCUGACCAGGGAUUUUCCCACCUGACUGCACACGCUCUCUUUAAAGCACCAUUGCACAACCCCACAGUGUGUGUGUGUGUG